AUGUCGAUAUUGAAGAAUAACCGAUUUAUGACUCUUCUCAUUGUGUGUGGGAUUGGUGUCUAUACCGGUGUCCGUUUCUUUGAACCUAUAGUGGUAGAAGGGCUUGAAAAGCAUGGUACACUUAGAAAAGAUAUAGAUAUUCCAAAGUUCGAUUCCAAAGGAAGGCGAAUUUACCCAAUAUCGGAAAAUGAAGGUGCUGAGGUUUCAAAAGAGUCGAAUUGGGAAACUUUUGCCAAGAGACUAGAGGCAAAGCCUGAAGAUAAGGAUAAGUAUCCUUUAAACAGCUUUAGUUCAAACAAUGAAAAGAAGUGA